AUGGCGCUAUCGUCUACUGGCCUUCGGUUCACGAUCAUAGCUUUCGUGUCAAACGCCCUAGCCUUCACAUGCCUUAUCCUCCGAUUCUGGUCCAGAUAUAUCCAAGGCACUCGCAUCGCCUUUAGCGACUAUAUGGCAGCUGUAGCCAUGGUGUUCUCGGCCGCAACAGCUGCUACAUUUAUUGCACCUAGUUUUAUGGGAGUUCUGGGGUUUCAUCUAAACGAGGUUGAUGAUAGGAUGCUCGACAUCAGUUUACAGCUCUUCGUGCCCGGCCAAGUCCUCUGGGCCGUCGCAAACUCAUGCGUGAAGUGUUCCAUCCUCUCGCUCUACACGCGGCUCUUCCCGCGGAAGCAAUUCUGCAGAAUAUGCUACGCCAUGAUGGUUCUCGCGUGGGCAUAUUUCGUCAUUGUCAUGGUCGCCACUUUCGCGCUCUGCCACCCCAUCCAGUAUAACUGGAACAAGAAGAUUCCCGGAAGCUGUCACGGCGAGGUGCACGCGUAUCUGUCUACGGGGAUAACCAAUUUGGUCAUCGAUGCGUUUAUUGUGACGCUGCCGAUACCGACGCUGCUGGGUUUACGUAUGUCGCUGUCUAAGAAGCUAGGUCUUAUAGCUAUGUUCAGCUUGGGCUCAGUAAUCUGCAUCAUCUCACUGCUGCGCAUCAUCUGGAUAAACAGCUGGGACCUGAACGACCUCACCUACACACUGGCCGACGGGUCGAACUACUCGAUCCUCGAGCCCGCACUCGGGAUCGUGAACUGCUGCCUGCCUACCCUGAAACCGGUCAUAAAGAAGAUAGCAAGAACAUGCUUCCCCAAACGGAGACAACAACCGCCGAACCAGGCCCGCCGCCAACUAAACGAGAAUAAGAAAGUCUCCGACUCGGAAAGCGGAGCUGGAGGUGGUGGUGGUGGUGGUAGUAUUGUGAAUCCAAGGCGUGGUGAGCAGACAGACGGCGGCAGUCGCGCGACAUGGGACGAUGAUAUUAGGAUCACGAAUAUCAGUGCCGCGACGCACUCGGCUGAAGAUCUGGCGACGGCGACGGAUUUGGAGGCGGGGGGGAACAACGCGAUUACGGUCACAAGGACCUGGGCGGUUAAUGAUGGGAGACCGUUGUACAUAGGUAGGGAGGUCGAUGCGGAACAGCAGGUGCAAUAA